UUCUAUCAUGCCUCUGAUCUUGUAAGCUUCAAAUUAGUGACUCUGAGGACUGUCAACUUCUCCUAGGGCAGAUUACCCCCCAGUGCGCCAAACGCCAUAGCUCACUCGUUAAGCUACGGAAUCGAGUGAUUCAACUUUCAGUGGAAAGCUGACGCUGCCAGCUACAACAUAUCCGAUUUUCAGAUCGUUUCACCGAUUGGA